AUGAAGGGCAUGCAUCAACUCCUUACCCAAAUGCCGACGUCAACUGCCUUGGACGCCAGCAGCGAGGACCAAAAGGCAUUCGGGAUCCUCAUCGACACCUUGAAGCCCAGCCAGUACCGAUACAUCGAUGGGCACACACGCGUCCGCAUCGCCUACGACGCACUGGUAGCCCAACAUAAGCCAACAACGAAGGUCGACCAAAUCCAGGUGGCAAUGGAGUGGGCCAAGCUGUCGUGGGACCCAUACGUUAGAGCCGCAGAGACGGAGUCAAAUCAAGUGGUCAAGUUACUUGCCUUGAUGCUGUGGGAGUUCCGCCACCUCGUCGAUCGCUUGCCCAACUUACCCGACAGCGAACAAACCGUCGCCAAGACGAAGAUCGCACUCGAAGCUGAGAGGAAGGCCGCCGUCGGGAACGGCGCCAUCAAGACGCCACGCGGCCAAGCCAACGAAGUCCGCGCCUUGUUCGGACGCGACAACCAAGGAAACGGUGGUCGUGGGCGUAGCCGGGGCCGUGGCGCGUCCCGAAGCGGCCAAGCUGAACAAAACGACCGUUCCGCGGCCAAGGGCACCUGCGACUAUUGCGGCAAGGAAGGGCACUGGCAGUCCGAGUUCCGCAAGAAGGCCCGCGAGAACGGCCGGCCGAACCUCAAAGGACACUGGCCCGACGGGAAGGACGACCACUCCAACGUAGCCGUCUUCAUGUUCUCGGCAACCGAGAGCGGCAUCGACAUGAUCGCCCUAAGUCAAGAAGUGUCCAACAAUGAGACGAAGGACAACGAAGAGCCUGAUGAAGAACCUACCCAAGACGCGUCCGUUGUCAACGGGCCCAUCUACAUGGGAGAACCCGGCGAGGCUCUCCCGCUCCGCACUGACCCCGACUGGCACCCUACAGUUCAGCCACCCAUCACCAACAUGGGUUACCUUCAUGAGCCGGACCGACCUUGA